CUAUGUUAUAGACACAGGUUUCUAGAAAAACUGGAGAAUAAUGUUACCUGAAAUAGAAUGACAGCGAGCAGUACUUAAGCACUUAGCAAUAGUAUUAAUUUACAGUGAAGUAGAGCCGGGUUCGAGAUUGCGCAAGUAACAAGUGUGGUUACAGCAGCUAAACUAAGAGAAAACGUUUGGCAGGAAUUGGCCGCCUUUUUUAACCGUCAACAACGAGUUCAAGAAAGAUUUGAAUACAACAUCAUCAUGAAUCAUCUAUGUAACAAUACUGGUAAUGGAACAGGAGGUAACGGAGCUUGUCCUAAUAACCGUGACGACGGACAGACACAAGCUUCUAUAACUGAAAUUAUGAGAAUAACAUCCAUAGUAAGCUACGUGCUGAUACUUGUUUUAUCAAGCCUGGGAAACUCUACCAUCAUCGCGACUGUGAUCAGAAACAAGUCCAUGCAAAACAAAGCAAAUGUACUGAUCAUAAACAUGGCUGUAUCGGAUCUCUUAGCCACGCUGUUCGCAUUGCCUAGGAUGCUAGACGUUUAUAUUACCAAGAGUAAAGUUUGGAAGGUUCCCGAGGUCGUUGCGGAAGGAGCUUGCAAGUUCAGUCCAUUUAUGAGAGAGGUUUCCUGUGCUGUGUCCAUCUUCAGCAUGGUAGCUAUCGCAGUUGAUCGAUUCUAUGCCAUCGUUGUGCCAAUGCAUCGUAAACCAAGACUGCUUGAACUGAAGUUCCUCAUUCCAAGCACAUGGGUAACAGCGUUGGUAACAAACGCACUUUACUUGUACGCGUUUCAGAUGAAGAAGGAAAACGAGUUGCUACAGUGCAAGAACGUCUUGACCUUACAACAGGAUAGGAUUUUCGACACGUUUAGGUUUGUCGUAUUCAUAGCAGUUCCUCUUCAAAUUUUGGUCUAUUUAUACAUCAUAAUAGCGAUCAAGAUGGGCAGGCAAGCAAUUCCAGGUGCUACUGGGCAAUCCUUCGCAAGCAACAGACGGCAUCAAAACAAAAAAAUCGUCAUAUUAGCAGUAACAAUUGUGGCAUUCUUCUUCAUCUCCUGGACCCCUUACUACGUGCUGUUACUCAUGUUCAUCUACAACGCAUGGCAGGUCUACAGGCCUUCGCCGAACGCCAUGAUAGUUAUCUUCAUUUUACAACGCGUUUUCACUAUUUUGACCUACGCAAGUUUUGCCAUCAACCCGAUCAUCUGCAUCGUAUUUAGCAGUAAUUUUCGACGACAUAUAACGCGCACAUUCUGUAGAUCUCACUUGCCUAAAACGCGGACUUUCACGCAACGGACAACAGCAACAAACCGAACUACAUCACGGCCUCUCUCUUUGCACAACCUGGAUAUUUCGUUGGGGCAAGUGACAGGCAUCGAAAACCCGACUCACGAAGACGAUAUCACUUGAUUACCUUGGACGUUUGCAGUUGUUUUGCGCUUUGGAUUGUAAAGAACACGAUAAUAGGUUAGAAUUGAUAAGUUUAGUAGACUGGGAAAUCAAGGGAUUCGCUGCAUGACUAACAUUUGGUUGUGUGGUCGGUAGCAGACAUUCUAUGUUGUUGGCUAGUAAGUCGAGUACGUAUAGAAGUAAUUCCUGGCUGUUUGCUGAGAGAAAAGAAUGCAGAGAAAAAAA